AACCAUUUUCUCAACACAAAUUACCACUCCACAUAUAACAACUCAAUAUAUAACAGGGGCAUUGAACGGUUGUGAGCUGUGGCAGGAAGCUCCAGCCCCGCCGCUGGUUUGCACUUCACCAGUACAGCUCUGAGCAUUUGGGUUUCCUGUCCUCUGGACUCCGUUGUGUCCCCUCCACCUUCUGCGUGUCCUUCUGCCAUGGAGGAUGAGGAUGGCUACAUGGCCUUGGACAGGCGAUGCAAGCGGGGUGCUGCGGAGAGGCCGGGACCCCUCCAGGACGCAGCUCCCGCUGUGUGCCCACGUUGGCACGGAGUCCUUCUGAAGCUGAGCGGGCUGGGCUACCUGGUGCUGCUGGUGCUGGUGGCGGUGCUCAGUGUGCAGGUUUUUCAGAAGGCGCCGACACCUCCCAACGCUCUGCAGAACAAGAGCGAGGCCGGGGGAAGGAGCAGGACAGAGGUGUGCGUGAUUCCCUCCCUGCUGCGCUACUUCUGCCGCUGGAACGGCUCCGCAGGCCACGGGGGCUGCAAGCUGUGCCCCCAGUCUUGGCAGCUUUUUGGGGACCAGUGCUACCAGGUUUCCAAAUCAACUGGGACUGGACGGAAGGCAAAAAAGACUGCGAAAGUCAGGGGGUCCCAUCUGGCCGUGUUCCGAAACACCACCGAUAUGGAGCACUUACGUGAGAUCAUCCGCCGGGACAAGCUAACGGUGUGGAUCGGAUUAAAGGUAUCCAACAACAUACGGAAAUGGGUGGACAACUCCUCCUUCGAUGCCAAAAUGUGAGUACAGCUGCA